AUGAGAAUUUGUUCAAAGCGCGGCACUACUUUUUUCCUUUAUCUGGUCACGUUGGGACUAUACAGCCGGCUAAAACCAAACAAAUUGUUGCUGCUCAAAAUGACGCGAAUUAAUAAGAAAAAAAACAAUAUGCAUCCGCGUAAUGUGCUGCGCACACCGCCCGACUAUACGAAGCUGGCUAUUAAGUACAAGGAUUUCCGUAAAGUGUGUGAUUUGAAUCUGAAUGGCAAAGUAUCGGUGGAUUUUCGCAAUGAGCAGGCGUUGCGUGAGUUGGCCAAAAUGUUGCUGCUUGAAUAUUUCGAUCUGAAGGUUGAUUUCGCACCCGGCAGCUUGGUGCCAACUUUGGCGUUGCGUCUAAACUAUGUGCUCUGGCUGGAGGAUUUGCUUGAGCCGCUUAAACUGGACACAGUGCGUGGCAUCGACAUCGGCUGCGGCUCUUCGUGUGUUUACUCACUGCUGGCCGCCAAGAAGAACAAAUGGCACAUGCUGGCGUUGGAAUCGAAGGAGAUCAACAUAGAAUAUGCACAGAAAAAUAUCGAACGCAAUGAGCUGCAGUCGCUCAUCGAAGUUUAUCAGCAACCGGACAAGACCACAAUAUUCAAAAGUUAUUUCGAAUCGCCUAAUGCCACUAAAGAGCAGUUUCACUUUUGUAUCUGCAAUCCGCCGUUCUUCGAUUCGAAUUCCCCAAAUCCAUUUGCAGGCAAAACACGCAAUCCUACGCGUCGCCCAGCGCCCAAAACUGUGCGUACCGGCAGUGCAGAGGAAUUGACCUGUGAGGGCGGCGAAGUGGAAUUUGUGAAACGCAUCAUCGACGAGAGUCUGCUGUACAAGGAGCGUGUGAGUAUUUUCACCACCAUGCUGGGUAUCAAGGCCAACUUGCCAAAGAUUUUGGACUAUUUGAAGGCGCAAAAUAUAAGCAAUACUCGCACCACAGAAUUCUAUCAAGGCCACACUAAUCGCUGGAGCGUGGCGUGGAGCUUCCAAAAGGAGGCCAUCAGUGACACUUCGUCCAAUUAGAAAUUCGGUUGCUAGCGGUUGCUGACAUAUGUAUAGUUUGAUGGAAGGAGUGUUACUUUUAGUUUCUCAUUGCCUUUGACCUUCGUGUCAGCAACCAAAACCGUAUGUUCCCUCUCUCCCGAAAAAAUAUUUGCCACCAAGAAAAAGCUUUUCCACUAAAUUGAAAUUUGCAUGUCUGUGCACACUUUGCUUUGUACACUCAUCCACACCCCAGCUAACGGAAAUUAACGUUUUGGUUGUAUCAUUGACCAGGCAGGCCACUUGCCCCACACACGCACACCAAGGCAAUAAAUGCUGGCAUUUUGGGCAACCAAGCGAACUUCCACACCUUUGGCCGCAAAAUAUGAGCUGCCUGUGGUUGUAACUACACACGCAAAUAUUUUGCCUGGGCUGUCGUGAAACUUUAAUUGUUGCACAUGCCGAGCGCAAAAUUUUUAUUCAGCUUUUCUCCCUUUUUCCUCAGUUCCGUUUACAUUGGCCGCAUGUUUAUUCUGGCCCGUCUUUAUGGCAUUUCAACACGUUAAGGUGUAAAAGAACAACGUAAUUAAAAUGUAUGGCUUUGGCUUUAACUUGAACGACUGCGUCAUGCAUGCGUCGUCGAGGUCCAAGGCGCGCCGCCAUUUGUUUGUUUUGCCAUACAUGGCAUUGGUGUGCGUCCCACAUGGGUGUGCUUUUCAAUUUCAUGCCACCUUUGUGAAUUCAGCAGUCCACCUGCGCAUCUGUCCACACGUCAACAUGUGAGCAGCGGUUGUGUGCUUGUACUAUAUUAUUUCUGUAAUUUUCUAGUUAUUACGUUAAUUUGUGGCAUGUCUGUUAACUCAAUGCCGUAAUUGUUAAUUAAAAAAGCGUAGGCAAACGGCAGCUGGCGAGCAAACCAUGUAAUGUCCGCCACGGUCCUGAAUGGCGGGCCAUGCGCUUAACAAUGCCAUAACCAUAAACUCUCAGCGCUAUUUGUAAGCGACUUUAUUUCCAAUCGCUGAUGGAAGUGUCUCCACGAAAGUCGAGUGAGUAGUGCUCGGCUUUUAUCGACAGCAUGAAAUUGUUCUGAAAAUACGUUUAUGAUACCUUAAAUGGCAAACAUGAAUCAUAGAUUAAGUUGUCAUUGCUACUGAAUGCUUAUUCGUGGCUAAUAUACUUUUAAUCAUGCUUUGCUUAGCCUUGGGCUGCCAGCGGCAUGUGUGUGGUUUGAGUUGGAAAAGGAUUCUCAUUAAAUUAAAACGAAGCUAGCAAUUUAUGAAACAAAAACCGAAUGUUAAUAAAUUAUUUUUGUACAAUAUAGUAUAAUCGUAUAUUUAAAAUAAAACGCAAAUCAAAUUGAAGUACAUGCUGUGACACUAUAUUUGAAAUAAAUCGCAAAACAAAUUGAA